AUGGAUACUCCGCCUGAACCACUUCCCGCUUGCGGGCUAUUGGGACGUGGGAUCACUCUCUUUCCGGGUUCUAAUUUAUUCGACUAUCGAGAAAUUUUGGGGGCGGCUGGAAAAAGCCAGCUUCUAAAAUUCAACUUCAACAAUGAAGCGGCUAGAGUUCCAGUAACAAAUAAGCAAUUUCUAGUUCCCGAAGGUGUCUUCAUAAUCCCUGGGGGAACAGACAUUAUUGCUGAGGAUUUAUUUUGCACGACUGGAGACGCCUUAGCAAAUGAUCUGGCAACAAAUCCAUCAUUAGGUCUUCGGUAUUUGGGCAUCUCGGAGGAAGGGGACGGUAAAUUUGGUCACAGGGUAUCUUUCAAUGCUAAAUAUCUAUUUGGCCUCUGGAGCAUCGGUAAUAUCGGUUAUACUGCCCAGUAUGACGUGCAAAACCUGGAAAGAGCCAUCAACGCAGACCUCAUCCGGACCGCACAGGAACUUCCGUACUGGGACGAGAAUGAUGCUUCAGCACGAGAUGCAUAUGCAGGGUUUUUUGCAACAUGGGGCACACAUGUUAUCACGGGCUGUUGUUCUGGGGCCCGGUACCACCUCCAGAUCACAAGGCCUGACGCAUCUGACGAAUCGAAAAAGAACUUCCGCGAACAUAUCCAAACAGAGUAUAGCUCGGUUAUGGGUGUCAAAGGGGGGGCAGAAGACACAGCCCAAUAUAGAGAAUACUUAGGCCGACAUGAGAGUAAAUGCUCUGUCAUAGGGGGAAACCCACAGCUAAAGAGAAACUUGUCAAGCGAUCCUACUAGCUCCCGUCUUUUCAAUGAAUGGAUAGGAAGUAUAGGUGCAAGUGGAACGCAAGACAUUGUCAAUGUGUUGGUUGACAGCAUUUACAAUUUACUCCUCAGGAGCCCCAGCCCGGAACACAAGGAAAUUGGGGACAAGAUUCAGAGAGCGUCGCUUUUCAAUUCAAAGUUCAUCACCGCCACAGGAGUCUUCAAGGUCAAGGGAAUUGGCGGUGCAACAGGCCGUGUUAGCUCCUGUGAGCUUCGGGGUACUCCUGGUAUCAGCUUACAAGGGAUCCCUCGCCCGGGAACUACAGUGUCCGUCAUUUCAGAAACCAAGUUUGAAGCACAGCAAUUAUCUGGAGACGAGAUUGAGUGUGAUGUUAUUAUGAGUGCACCUCCCCUGACACCAGUUGAGGUGGUCCUUGUAUCAUCCAAGGAUGAGUUAUCUCAAGACAAUCCGUUUGUGUUUGACCUAAUAUUACAGAUCUAUCCGAAAGGUCUAUCAGGAGCAAUAACUGUGGGUUUGGGUGGUAAGGGUUAUGAAGGAAGUGUUACCCUUCCAAGUUUGACCGCAAUAGGCGAUUACAUUGCGGAAUAA